AUGACUUCCGCACAAGACGUGAAAGUAAUCACAAAAGUGUCUCUCAAUGUCCCUGAGCUAGGAGAGAUCACUGGUAUCUGCUUCGAUGGAAAGACCACCCAGUAUAUGGGCAUACCCUAUGCCACAGUCCCUGGCCGCUUCCGACGACCUCAGCCGGCAGCAGUACCAUGGCCAGACCAGAAAUGGGAUGGGACCAAGGUCGGACCAUUCCCCUCCCAACCCCCUCGCGACUUCUACCCCAUCCCCAAUCCAUCCCGCCCCUGGCUCUCCGAUGCCCCUACAACAUCGUCUACUGACUGCCUGUCCAUGAACAUAUCCGUACCUUCCCCUCCCUCCCCCAUCCCAACUCCUCAAAAGUACCCCGUAAUGCUCUUCCUCCACGGUGGCGCCUUCGUCUACGCCGCGGGCGGCGCAGCAAUCUAUGACGGCCGCAUACUCUCCGAGAUAUCCGCAAAGCUCGAUAUGCCUACCAUCAUCAUAUCGAUUAAUUUCAGAUUGGGGCUGUUUGGCUUUCUAGCAAGCGAGGAGAUACGGGAGUAUAACGCCGAGCACGGGGAGGACGGGGUCGGCAACUACGGGAUCUGGGACCAGGUGGAUGCGUUGCGGUGGGUGCAGCGGUUCAUCGGGGGAUUUGGGGGAGACAAAGAGCGGGUGACAUUGUUUGGACAAUCGGCUGGAGGAGUAUCUGCAAACAUCCACCUCCUACGAAACGAGCCCCUCUUCUCCCGCGCCAUCAUCCAAUCCGGCCUCCUCCCCCUCUGCGGCGUCCUCACCCCCUCGCAAUACCAAUCCAUCUACAACAAAACCCUCACCCACCUCGCCAUCCCUUCCUCCCUCUCCCCGCGCGAGCGCCUCCUCCGGCUGAUCAACACCCCAGAGGAAGCACUCACCGCCGCCAUGGUCCCCGUGCUCGUCACGCCCGUCAUCACCCUCUCGCCCUGCGACGACGGCGUGCUGAUCGGCGGCCCCAUGCCCACCUACUCGCAGUACUCCGCGUUCGCCGUGCCGCCGUGGUGCGGCGCCGCCAUGCUCGGCGACGUGCGCCACGAGUGCGUGAUCUGGAACAAAGCCUUCCGCGCGCUCCCACCCACCGCCCUCGUCGCCAAGAUCCGCCGCGUGCUCGACCCCUCGCGCCCGCACCGCCGCUACUCAAACGCCGUCUACCCGCCGACGGCCGCGCAGACCAUCAUCGCGCUGUACGGCUUGCGCGAGGAUAUGACCCAGAACGACCUCUUCUGGGCGACCGAGCGCAUGACGACCGACGCGCUGUACUCGCUCGUGAACUUCAAGGCGCUGCGCGCGCAGCCGCGCAUGCUGGGGUAUCAUUUCGACGUGCCGAGUCCGUUUGAGAAUGAGUGGGGUGGGUUGGCGCAUCAUAGUCUGGAUAAUGUGUAUGUGUGGGGGCUGCUGAAGGAGAGGUUGCCGGGGAAGCAUCAGCGAGUGAGUGAGCUUAUGAGUAAGUGCUGGGUCGAGUUUGCGAAUGGGAAGGAGCCGUGGGGGAGUUUCGGGGAGGGAGGGAGGGUUAUGGUGUUUGGGGGGGAGGUGGUGGAGGCGUACUCGCAGCUUAGGACGCCGGAGGAGGAUAGAGACAGGGGGUAUGAGCGGUGGGAGGCUAUCGAGAAAGCAGGGCUUGUGGACGCGUUUUAUGAUCUCGCGGUGGAGUUGUGCAUGCGGCAGGAGGAGAUUUGCGAUGAGGGGGUGGUGAGUGAGGCGCUGACAGUCGAGGGAAUGGAGAAGUAUGGGAUUGUGCCUGUGGGUGUGGAGAGGGCGUGGUCUUAGGCGUCAAAGGUUGGACGGGCAGGAUAGGAGGGAAGCGAGAGGUGGUUUGCUUAGUAGUAGGUAAGUAGAACGGAAGUUUGAAUGUACAUACGAUGUUAUGCUUGAUAUAUUUACGAUGUUACGG